AUGACGCCGAGUGAUGUGCGCCGGUGUCCGGAGAAAAACCCGUUGGCGCGCGAGCAUCCGCCGUCGCGGACGUGCCCCGGGAUAAUAUUUUAUACCGUAACAUCGCAAUAUUGUAACGUCUUGUUUACGCGGCCAGACGUUCGCGUAAACGCCGUUCCCGACGAUAAAUCGCGUGGACUGCGAAAUUCCCGCACGCGAAUAAUAAUGGUAAAACAAAAAAAUAAAAAAAAACCCGUACGUUCACGUCGAAAUAUUAAUAGAUUAUUAUUAUUAUUAUUCCGGAGAUUCUCUCCGUACCGCGCAGUAGGUACGGCGAAUUAUCGACAGUAAUUAAUUAUCGCGUUAAUUGCGUAACCCCGUUUACGUAAUAAUAUAGACACGACGUUAGUGUCGCGGUAGGCGAAUUUCCCCUCCCCCUCCCCUCCGCCCAUCCCACGACCCAUCGCCCGCGAUACGACCGCGUCCAUUAAUCAACGGGCCGGCCGGUCGACGUUUCGUCGCGCCCGCGCGUGCGCCGGCUACACGGAGCCGUCGUACGGCGGAUACGACGCGAACGGACGACUGUCGCGCGGUGACGGCACGGUGAUAACGAUAACGAUAAUGUGA